AUUUAUCAUAAGAUUCCUCAAUAAUUCACCUCUUUUCGAGAAAAUCAUUAGUGUAAAAAUCAUUAAAAAUUUUAAUUAUAUAAAUUAUUUACGCACUCGUCAAUAUUGUCAUUGUUUUACAUAAAUUAUAACACAUACUCAGUGUUUAUAAUUUAGUAUUAAAAUUCAUAAAAAUGCCAAAAUCCAUGUCAAAUAGAUAGUAUAAAAUAAAUAACAAUAUAAUAUUAGUUCAAUAUAAAUGUGUGUUUAUUCUGUGUGAGGGUGUAGGAGUGAGUAGGAACAGACUUCUAGUGAUUUUUCACUAGAAUCUGUUAAAAUAUUGUAAGAUAAAAUAUAACUAAGUGUUAGAAGUGAUGGUUAGGUCAGAUGGUUUGGGUAGUAAUUUGUGGGACUCAAUGGUGCUUUAAUGUGUUGUCCUGAUCUGACACCACAAAUCAGUCCUUAUCGUAUUUGAAUAUUACACCCAGAUCUUUAGAGGUGAAAAAUGAGCGCGAAGGGCGUAGCUGGUGGCCGUAAGAAAGCGGCAAAGGCUGUUACAAAGUCUGCAAAAGCUGGCUUGCAAUUCCCUGUAGGCCGUGUUGGUAGGUACCUUAAGAACGGCAGGUACGCAAAACGCGUUGGUGCUGGCGCACCCGUUUACUUAGCCGCCGUACUCGAGUACCUUGUUGCUGAAGUCUUGGAGUUGGCAGGAAAUGCCGCUCGCGACAACAAGAAAUCUAGGAUUGUUCCACGUCACCUUCAGCUCGCUGUUAGGAACGACGAAGAACUCUCCAAAUUCCUUGGUGGCACUACCAUAGCCUCAGGCGGUGUCAUGCCAAACGUUCAGGCUGUAUUAUUGCCUAAAAAACACAAAAAAGAUAGGGAUUAAACACUCUUUGAAUUAUCAAAUGAGUAAAUACUAAGGAAAUAGUUUUAUUUAAAUUGGGAUUACACUGAUUACAACUAGUCGGGCUUCACUUGAAGCCAUUAAUCUUUUCUUGAAUAU